AUGUUAGUACACCGACUAGUCCUCGUUCCCGAGACGUCCCACAAUGGCGAGCGGGAGAUCGAGAUAGGCGCGCCGACGGGAGUGAGCCACGUGACGCACGCCAUGCACGUGACCUUCGAUCAUGACGAGCGGGAGAUCGAGAUAGGCGCGCCAACAGGUGUGAGCCACGUGACGCACGUCACCUUCGACCGCUUCCAGGGCUUCCUCGGCCUGCCGGAUGACUUCCAUGGAGAGCUGCCCGCACGAGCUCCCAGCGCCAGUCGGACUGUGUUUGGGGUGCGGCCAGAGACGCUGCAGUGUUCGCACGACUUGGAGGGCAACCAGGUGCCGGACAUUCUGCUGCAGCUGCAGGCGAUGCUUUACGGCAAGAACGGGCUGCAGACGGAGGGCAUAUUCCGAGUUGCGGCACAGAACGACCAUGAGGACUGGAUCCGCGAGCAGGUCAACCUGGGUCUGGUGCCGCGCAACAUUGACGUGCAUGCCAUCGCAGGCCUCAUCAAGGCAUGGUUCAGAGAGCUACCAGAGGGUCUACUCGACCGCCUGAAACCUGAGAAAGUAGCAGCAGCGGAGAGGGAGGAGCAGAUGCUGGCACUGAUAGCCACGCUGCCGGCGCUGCAGGCCGGCAUGCUGGACUGGGUGGUGGGGUUGAUGGCGGAUGUGGUGCAGCACGAGGCCAGCAACAAGAUGAACGCUCAUAACAUUGCUGUUGUCUUUGCACCCAACAUGACCCAGAUCGUCGACCCACUCAUCGGCUUUCAGCACGUCAUCAAGCUGAUGGACCUCCUCAGAGCGCUCGUGCAGCGCAAGAUCAAGCAGCGGCUCGACAACCCCCCUCCGCCCGACGCUCCUCUCACGGACCAAGCAGCUCAGGAUGGGGCAGAGGAGGCGGAAGCGGGGAGGGAGGAGGAGGGGCAGGUGCAGGGCGGUUCAGGCAGCUGUGGUGGUGGGUUUCUGGGGAAUGGUUUACAGCAUGAAGAGGAGGAGCAUGGGGAGGAAACAGAGGAGCAUGAGGAGGAGGAGGAGGAAAAAGAGCCGUUAUCAGAUGAGUGCACAACACCUAUGGCCGAAGACGACCCCCACACGCCCAUUGCCAGACCUCUCAGUGAGGAGGUGCAGGGGGCAACGUGGGAGCUUGAUAAUAGGCUCGAUGGGGACAGUGCAUGCGAUCGGCUAGAGGGGAGCAGCGGCAGCGAGGGGGAGGCAGUGGUGUGUCAUGGGUGGGACAUGAUGCCAGCUGUAACCGGCAAUUCGCUUCCUGUUUCAACCAGUGCUGGCGAUUCCGCACACCAGCGGCAGCAGCAGCAGCAGCAGCAGCAGCCGUUUAAGCCGGCGUGGAAGCAGCGCGGUGCAGAGCGGUGCAGCACGUUGAGCAUGGAGUGCGGGCUGAGCAUGGACGGCAGCAUUAGCAUGUUCAGCCCAAGCGGCGGGGGCGUGCUGAGUCCCUGUGAAAGCAUAGACAGCCCAGGGGGGGUGCUUGCCACACCCGUGGGCCUCCCAGGGGGAGCUGCUGCUGCUGCUGACCCUGCUUUCUUCCUGAGGUUCCGCAGCGAUGCACGGGAGCAGCAGGGGUUUCCCCCUCAGGCGAUCGUGCAUCAGCAGGUGAUCCUGCCUGCUGCUCCCCCAGUUGGGGGGACGGUUGGCCUCUACGCACGGGCACAUGCAGCUGCUGCUGCUGCUGCUUCCCCUGCUUCCUCCCCUGCUGCUGCGCUUGGGUUGGUUUCCUCAGCAGCAGGCAGUGCGGCCUCCUCUCCCACUGCACCGAGCCUUGCAGCAAGCCCUGUGGCCUUCUCUCCCACAGCAGCAAACCCUGUUGCCUCCUCUCCCACCACCACCGGCACCCCCAGUCCAGCGGGUGAGAGGCGGCACGGAGGGCACAAGGGAGGGUUUAAAGGCGACCUGUGGUCCAGACGGAAGGGGCCUGCUGUUCCCCACUCCCGCCUCUCCCUCCCUGCCGCUUCUUCCCCUUCCUCUGCUGCUGCUGCCUCGGCUUCUGCUGCUGCUGCUUGUGCCAACGAUGGUGCUUACCCGGCUAAUGCCAGUGCUUCUCGCACUGCCAGCAACAGCAGUGCUGGCAGCGAUGCUGCUGCUGCUGCCAGAGCUGGCACCAGCAGUGGUGACCUGACACCCACCCCUCCCGCCAGCAGCGGUGGUCUCACACCCACCCAUCCCCUCACGCCCACUCCUCCCCUGAUGCCCGUACCCCCCUCCCGUUCGAUCAAGGACCCCUCCUCCCAUUCCGCCUCACCUCUGCGCUCGCCUCUGCUGGGCCGCAGACGAGGGUAUAAAGAGAAGAAGCACUCUCCGGGUAGCAAGCAGCAGCAGCAACAAGCAGUGCUGGCGUCGACACCAGCAGCAGCAGGGGCAGCAGGGGCAGCAGGAGCAGUGGGAGCAGGGAGUGAUUUUGCCCCAGCGUUCACCCCCCGCACAGGGUUUGGUGCUGUUCCAGGCACACCCCCUUCUGAGGCCGCUCAGAACCCUGCUGUGACUCCCCGGUCGUUCCUCUCCCGCUCCCGGCAGUUCCCAGGAGGGUCGGGGUUUGGUUCAGGCAACCACGUGGGGGAAUCAGGAGCCAUUUCAGGCCACAUGGAAGGGGCGGCGUUUCCAGAAGCAGGUGGUGUGGUUGGUCGAGACGGGGAGGGAGGGGCUUGUGCUGUUUCUCAUGCUGGUUCCGUUUCUCAUGCUGGUUCCGUUUCUCAAGCUGGUUCCGUUUCUCUAGUUGGUGCUGUUCCCCAAGUUGGUUCUGCCCCUCGGUUGCCGACUAGCUGGUCGGACACGCAGUGUGCUUUCGAGAGCUCUCCACGCCAGGAUGAUUCCAUGAAGAAUCACAUGGGGCAGCAGCAGCAGCAGCAGAUGCAGUGGCGUGACAGCAGCACGGGGAAUUUGGGAGAGCGCACGGUGGAAACGGGGGGAAUAGGAGGAACGGGAUGGGCAGCGGUAGAAGCAGCAGGGGCAGGGGCAGCAGCGGCGACACCAACAGGAGGGCGGCCAAAGUCGAGUGGGGGGUGGCGGAGGGGGUGGUCGGGGCCUCAUGGGGUGGCAGGGGUGGGCGGUUCGGCCAGCAGGAGUGGCCGAACGAAGCUAGGAGCAGCAGGUUCAGGGCUAGCAGCAGCAAUGAAAACAUCAGUGAAAACAUCAAUGAAGGUACUCGCGCCUCUCGCACCCACCAAGACCUGGGCUUCAGGCAUGGGCGAUAUGUUUGGGGCCAAGUCCCCCCGCGCCCUCCUUUCCCCGCAUUCUCUCCUCUCCCCCCGUGGCUUCCUCUCCCCCAGCGGUUUCCGCUCCCCCCGCCCCUCUGGGCAUGGGGAGAGCGCGGAUCGGGGGAACGGGGGAGAUGAGGGGGGUGGCGGGGAUGGGAGGGACAGCGGAUAUGGGGUAAGUAGGGUGGAUAGGGCUGGCAAGGCGGGUUUCUUAAGAGGUGAAGAGGGGAAAGGAGGGAGAGAGGAGGGAAGAGAGGAGGGAAGAGAGGAGGACGGGGAGGAGAGGCGAUUCCCAGCCGAACGGGCGUCUCUUGACUUGCCUGUCAAAUCCCCAAGGUCAUUUCGGAAACUAACCCGGAGGUCGAGCGGGUUUCAGCUGCCGACGCGGGCAGCAGUAGCAGCAGCAAUGACCCUCCCCUCCUCCCUCUCCAUGAAAGAGCGGCGCUUUGAUCCAUCAGCACCCGCCAUUUUCUCCCUCCCUCCCUCCGCUUCUCUCUCGUCUGCCCCCUCCUCUGCCUCCCCUUCCUCGGCUAAGCCUCCCUGGGGGUCUGGGUCUAUGCAGGAACGGCUGCAGCACCUGCAGCAACAGCCGCAGCAGCAGCAGCAGCAGCAGCAGCGCCUGGUGCAGGCUCGGCAGCAGGAGGUCCGGCAGCCGGAGGCUCGGCAGCACGAGGCUCGGCAGCAGGAGGCUCGGCAGUCGGGCGUCGCCCAGGCACCGCAGGAGGGUCGGAUGCGGCAGGUUCGGAAGGGGAAGGUGCAGCUGCCUCGGGCUAUUUCAGCAGAUCAGUAUCAGCAGCACGAUGGAAGGGAGUUCUUCCAGGAACAGCUAUCGCUGCAGCAACAGCACCUUCAGCAGCAGCAGCAGCAGCAGCAGCAGCAGCAGGAGAAGCAGCAGCAGCAGGAGAAGCAGCAGCAGCAGCAGCAGGAGCAACAGCUGCAGCAGCAGAGGGUUCCUCUAGAGAAGGCAAGCAGUGCAUGGGCCAAGCGGUCAAAGCAAGGGGGGCAGAGACACGGGCAGGCACGGAGAGAAGGGGUUAGUGGUGGCGACGGUGGUAGCGGUGGUAACGGUGCAGGUGGGUGGCAUGGUGUGGCUCGUAGCGUGUCGGUGGAUGUUGUAACACACAGCAUGGCUUCUCAGGCAGAUGCAGUGGGGGGAAACUCUGGAGCAGGAGGAGGAAGGGAGGGAGAAGGAGGGGGAGGAGGAGCAGGAGGAGCAGGAGUAACAGGAGGAGUGGGAAGGGCUCGAGGCCUGGCUCGGGCCAAGGCUCCAGGCCCGGGUCGAGGCCUGGAUCCAGGUCCGGAUCCAGACCUGGAUCGUCACAUGGGAUUGGGAGAAGUGGGUCUGGUUCGGUACCGAGCCAAGAUUUUCCCUCGGCUGCUGGUGCUGCUGCUUCGGCCUUGA